CUUGAAGCUCUAAGAGUGGGGAAGCAUGGCAAAUAGUGCUUCUCCUGGACAAAAUCAAAAUCACUGCUCAGCCAUCAACAGCAGCAGCCCGCUGAUGCAGGACACGCUCCCCACCCUGACCUUAUCUGGAAAGAUCCGAGUAACAGUUACUUUCUUCCUGUUUCUACUCUCUGCGACUUUCAACGCUUCUUUGUUGUUGAAACUUCACAAGUGGACUCAGAAGAAAGAGAAAGGGAAAAAGCUCUCGAGAAUGAAGGUGCUUUUAAAACAUCUGACUUUAGCCAACCUGUUGGAGACUCUGAUAGUCAUGCCCCUGGACGGAAUGUGGAACAUUACAGUCCAGUGGUAUGCUGGAGAGCUCCUCUGCAAAGUCCUCAGCUAUCUGAAGCUUUUCUCCAUGUAUGCCCCAGCCUUCAUGAUGGUAGUGAUCAGCCUGGACCGCUCCUUGGCCAUCACGAGGCCCCUAGCUGUGAAAAGCAACAGCAAGUUUGGUCAGUCCAAUAUUGGCGUGGCCUGGCUCCUCAGCAGCCUCUUUGCUGGACCACAGUUAUAUAUCUUCAGAAUGAUUCAUUUAGCAGAUGGGUCUGGACAGACAGGAGGUUUCUCUCAAUGUGUAACACACUGCAGUUUUCCACAGUGGUGGCAUCAAGCCUUUUAUAACUUUUUCACCUUCACCUGCCUCUUCAUUAUCCCUCUUCUCAUCAUGUUGAUCUGCAAUGCAAAAAUCAUCUUCACCCUGACCCACGUCCUUCAUCAGGAUCCCAACAAAGUACAGCUGAAUCAGUCUAAGAAUAAUAUACCAAGAGCUCGGCUGAGGACCCUAAAGAUGACGGUUGCAUUUGCCACUUCAUUUACUGUCUGCUGGACUCCCUACUAUGUCCUAGGAAUUUGGUAUUGGUUUGAUCCUGAAAUGUUAAACAGGGUGUCAGAUCCAGUAAAUCACUUCUUCUUUCUCUUUGCUUUUUUAAACCCAUGCUUUGAUCCACUUAUAUAUGGAUAUUUCUCUCUGUAAUUGUUAGACUAUAUAAAAAGUCGUGUAAAAAGAACAAGGUAAUGAAUUUCCCUAUUUGGGUAUAAACACAAAGUUUGCAGGAUAUUCACUUGUAAACAAAGCAGAGGGUAAGGUUAUGUUAUCAUCCUCACUCUUUUAAAAAUCACAUUGCCAGAGAGUAAAUUACAAAGAAAACUUCAGGAAAAAUAAUGAAAUACUUGCCUUUAAUCAUAAGCUCCUGAAUUAACUGGUGCAUUUUCUGAUCUCCUUAUAUGAGUUUCUUAUCAUUUUCCUCUUGUGUAACAAUAUGUCGAUAUUUAAAAUAGCCAUGGCCAAAGGCAAAAGAUGCCAAAAAGCAAGGUUAGGAUACACACACAGUGUUAAUCUCAGCAAUCCUGAAGAGUUUUUCUCCAAAAGGGCUUAGCAGCAAUUACCAUCUUAUGCUAUAAUAAUACAUAGAGCAUAGAGAUAGUAUUUCCCUUGCCCAUACGAUCUAUGUUCCCUCCUCUGGCAAAAAAAAUAAAAUAAAAUGCAACGAAUCCAUAUUUUUCUGUGGUCCAAAAGCAUUCUGAUGUUUGGAGUAUUCAGCAACCACCCUGCAUCUGCUCCAUC